GUGAGCCAGCAGCCGGGGUCAUGCUGAAUAUGUGAACAGGGAAGUGAUGAAGCUGAAGACGUCACUCUGCUGCUCAGACUUCAGACAUUCAGCCGGCAUCCAGACAUGAAGACUGCACCCGUCUCUCUGCUCCUCGGUGUGUGUGUGCUGUGGUUCUCUGCACUGACUGUUGCUGCAGUGUCUCUGCAUGUCAGUCCAAACUUUCAGCAGUUCUUCAGUGGACCUUCUGCAGUGUUUCUGAGCUGUGUUGAUGAUAAUGGUGAUGGACAGACAGUUGAUGGAUGGACGGUGAGGAGGACCAGAGGAGGUCUUACUGAGGCCUGUGGAGCAGCUGCAGACUUUACGAUGAAUGACAGUUUGUGCGUUCUGGAUCGUAACUCCUCCUACAGCGGAACCUUCUGGUGUGAAAGCUCCUCUGGACAGAAGAGCGACGAAGUCCCCAUCAGUGUGUCCAAAAAAGGUGUGAUCCUGGAGAUCCCCGCUCUUCCUGUAAGACCAGGAAGUGAUGUCACUCUGCAAUGCAAGAAGAAGAAUGGUGAACCAGUUCCAUCGUAUAUUUUCAUGAAUGGACGUCUUCUUGGAGCUGGAUCUCGAUCAGAGCACGUCAUCAGAAGAAGCCAGCAGUCUGACGAAGGUCUCUACUGGUGUGCUACUGAUACCUUUGGAGAAUCUCCUCAGAGCUUUCUGAGGGUCAGAGGUCCUCCCAUAACUUCUCUCAAAGCGUCUGUCCAUCCAGUUUCUGGGACCAUUCCUUCUCUGUCCACUCUUCCUCCUCCAACAAACUCUUCCUCCCCUCCUCCUCCUCCCUCAGUGCCUCUGAUCAGAGUCUUCUGCCACCUGUUGGUCUUCUGUCUGUACUGCGUCUGCACCAUCCUGCUGCUGUCCAUGUGCUGCAGCAGGAGCUCAGGUAGCAAAUAUGCUGUUUCCACAGAGAUGCCCUUGCAUAAUGAGGAGUAUGAUGACAUCGUUGCUGACAUCACCACUGAGUACAUCUUUUGAGCUGGUGGAUCCUCUGAGUGAUUUAAAUGUGUCCAAACCUGUAAACUCAACAGGCAUCACUCUGAUCUUUGAGUUUCUCAGUCAGAAGCUGAUCUGUUCACUGAUCGAUCAAUAAGCUGUCAAAUUCAUUUCUGAAGUAGUGAGUUAAUAGAUGGAAGUGUAGAAACAUGA